AAGCUGUUAACCAUCAGCGCCAUCUCGGAUUAUAAUGAAAAGUAGAAACAAAAGAAGUUGUUUACUCGAUUAAUAUUUCGGAUCAGCGCGUUUUGAUGGAAGUUUCCUUUCGAGGCGAUGGCAAUUACGAAGAAUCGCCUUAUGUAUAUAUGCAAACGAUAAUCGCGGCGCUGUUUGCUUCUAUUAUUAUUCACGAACGUCGCGCAUAAAACACGGGUAUCAUUUAAUAUGAGAGGAAUACAUUUACAUUUCGCUGGAAACGACUCUCGAGACGAUUAACGUCGAUCUUUCCUCCCGUUCUUUUGAAGAGUGCGAAAGAGAGAAGGAUAGAAGGAGUGGAAGAACCUGCAGUUAUCACCAACUUUGUUGUGCAACCUCGGCAAUUCCAGGACAAGAGGAUAAUAGAAAAAAAAAACCUCUAAUAAACCAUGGCUAUGAGAGGCAAGGAGAGUGAGAACGGGAUGUACGAGUUCCCUUACAUGAAGCCGCCGCAGAGGAGCGGUUGGGAAACCUUCAGGAGCGCCCUUUACGACUCCAAGAACGGAACCAUCCUUGGAAGGAACGCCAAAAGCUGGGCUCAAAUUUUAACCUUUUACGCACUCUUCUACAUCGUCCUGGCAUGUCUGUUCGCCAUCUGCAUGCAGGCAAUGCUUUCAACGUUGAACGACAAAGAGCCCAAAUGGCAAUUGGACAACGGUUUGAUCGGAAAAAAUCCGGGUCUCGGUUUCAGACCAAUCGCCGAUCGCACCGAGGAAGGAUCACUGAUCUGGUACAACCCGAAGAACAAGAGCAGCAUCGAGAAAUGGGUUAAAUUGACGGAAGAUUUCUUGGAACCCUACCUGCGGAAUGGAACAGGCAGCAAUAAGAUGUCGUGCGAUUUCGAUCAACCCGCCAAGAAAGGCCGAGUUUGCGACGUCGACAUGAACAAGUUCCAAUCUUGCGGACCAGCGCACAGUUUCGGAUACUCUUCGACUUCGCCAUGUAUCUUUCUAAAGCUCAACAGGAUCAUCAACUGGGUACCGGAAUUCUACAAUGACAUUAACGAUUUGCCCAGCGAUAUGCCCAAGCAGCUAGUGGAUACCAUCAAGAGCAAGAAGCCGGAGGAAAGGGACCAGAUCUGGGUGACCUGCGCGGGAGAACAUCCCGCCGAUAAGGAGCACGUCAGCAAGUUUGAAUACCUUCCGUACCUGGGCUUCCCCGGAUUCUAUUAUCCCUACACCAAUGACAAGGCGUACCUGAGUCCUCUGGUCGCCGUCAAAAUCGUCACCCCGAAACCGAACGUUGUCAUCAACAUCGAAUGCAGAGCGUGGGCCAAAAACAUUAACUACAGGGGUGGAAACCAGCAACGCGAAGGUUCUGUCCACUUCGAGAUCAUGAUGGACGCGUGAUGAUGACGACCAUAAUCAUAUCCUCCCUCAAAAAAAUAAAACCAUGAUAUAAAUAUAUAUAUACAUGUGCACACAAUAUAUUAUUUAUAACAUGCUUUUUAAACUUUUAUGUUAAAUGUCAUGUAUCAGUAGCGAAAUUCUAUUAUUAUUAUUACUAGUUAGUAAUUUAAGGUUUAUUUAAGAAGAACAAAGGAAUGCGACCCGACGGAAAACAAAACCCAUCUGCAUUGAGGGAAGUUUGUCUUCUCUUUCAUUUUUUUUUUUAAUUCCAAAAAAAUGAC